CCCGGGGCGGCGGGGGCGUCUCUUCCCGCUCCUCGGGAGCGCUGGAUGCGCCGCCGGUUUCCAGUUACCGCGAUGCCGGGCGGCGGGGCGGGAGGAGCCGCGGCGGUGCCGCCGCUGCCCCUGCUGCAAUGAGUGAUGCUGCCGGGGGCGGCGGCGGGGGCGGAGAGGCGCAGAGCUACCGCGGAUCCUCCGCCGGCGGCUGCGGGCGCAGCGGCUCUGCCUCGCCCGGUCGGCGGCGAGGCGGCGGGCCCGGGGCCGGCCGGGGCAGCAGCAGCAUGCCGGCGGCCGAGGGGGACAAGAAGGAGGCGGCGCCGCCGCCGCCUCGCCCUGCCGCCCUGCUGCGGUGGGACGAGGUGCCCGAGGACUUCGUGGAGUGCUUCAUCCUCUCGGGCUACCGGCGGCUGCACUGCUCGGCGCAGGAGUGCCUGGCCUCGGUGCUGCAGCCCACCAACGAGACCCUCAACUUCUGGACCCACUUCAUCCCACUGCUGCUCUUCCUCAGCCGCUUCGGGCGGCUGCUGCUGCUGCGGGGCGCCGGGGACGUGCCCUUCCACCACCCGGCCCUGCUGCCCCUCUGGUGCUACGCCUCGGGGGUGCUGCUCACCUUCGCCAUGAGCUGCACGGCCCACCUCUUCAGCUGCCUGUCCCCGCGCCUUCGCGCCACCUUCUUCUACCUGGACUACGCCUCCAUCAGCUACUACGGCUUCGCCAGCACCGUGGCCUACUCCUACUACCUGCUGCCCGGGCUGAGUCUGCUGGACGCCGGGGCCAUGAGCCGCUACGUGCAGCAGCAGCUGGGCUGGCAGCUGGACUGCAGCCUGCCCAUCGCGGCCUACCGCGUGCUGGUGCUGCCCGUGGCGCUGGCGCUGGCCGUGGGCUGCACGGCCGCCUGCUGCCGCAGCCGCGCCGCGUGCUGCGCUUACCCCUUCGCCGUGCGCACCUUCGUGUUCGCCAUGCCGCUCAGCAUGGCCUGCCCCAUCAUGCUGGAGAGCCUCCUCUUCGACCUCCGCGCACGCAACCCCACGCUCUUCGUCUACUUCUACCGCCGCUACUUCUGGCUGCUGGUGGCCGCCUUCUUCAACGUCAGCAAAAUCCCCGAGCGGAUCCAGCCGGGGCUCUUCGACAUCGUGGGGCAUAGCCAUCAGCUUUUCCACAUCUUCACCUUCCUCAGCAUCUACGAUCAGGUGCACUAUGUGGAGGACGGGCUGGCUGAGUUUCUCAAGGCGCCCCUGGCUGCCCCCACCUACCUGGGCACCGUGGGGUAUAUGCUGCUCCUGACCGUCUGCCUUGCCGUGGUCGUCAGGAGGUUUCUCAACGUUGCAGACCUCUGCAAGCAGGACUGACCAGGCUGGAGACCCUCGAGACAGCGACCACAAUGCCGGUGACCCUUGGGUGGAGACCCUUGGGCCAAUGACCUUCAGACUGGUGACCCUCAGACCAGACCCACCAUGUCCUGAAGAAGCUGUGAAACCUGGGGGAAACACACCUGUGGAAGAGCCAGGUCCCUUUCAUGGAGGUUUGCUGGAGAAAAUGACCAUGGCAGAACUGCUCGUGCUCUUUAAACUACUAGGUUACCAGGGGAAGCAAGCAAAUGCUUACUGGUAUGUUGCUGCUUAGAGUAUAAGCUGAAAUAAUUUAGCUCUGCAACUAGGAAGAAUGCAUGAAUGGUGAAUGCCACUUACUAACAAUUAGGUCUAAACUAGCUCUGUAUAUACAUAUAUAUUUAUAUAUCUAGCUAUAUAUUUAUUAGCUACAUAUAUGUGUAUAUAUAUGUAUACACCCGAAGACAUUUGUGCAAUGAUUUCUCAUAGACUUUUAAUCAACUCCUAUGUGAAAUUUCCUAGCAGAUCAUGCACUGACAUUUAUCUUCCUCUCUGAUAUUGUAACAGGCCUUUGCAGCCACAUGCUGGAUUUUAAAUGCAAACAAAUCAAUAGCUAUCUAUAGUUUCUAAGGUCUUGCAGCCUUUUCACAGGGAACAAUAGAUUUAAGAGAGAGGAAAAACAGCUGUGAAUUAUUACAGAAUUACCAGUUGAUGGAGAGACUUUAAUUAGACAGACAGUGAGUGGUUGGUGUAGCCUCUCGGAUAAUAAAGUAAAAUGGAAGGAUAUGUGAAAUAACCAAACCAGAAAGGGUCAAACUGGUUUGGAACGGGGGCAGAGGAAGAAGGACACUGCAUAAUGGAAUGGCUCUUCCCUCAGCAUGUCAGGAACAUCUGUUGUGCUAAGGGAGUUGCUAAGGGGCCCCUUUGUCUUCCUGGGUAAAUCACCCCCGAAUCAGUCCUCUAGAGUCAAAGUCAGAUCCCAGACUUUUAUAAACCCCUGCCAAACUUGGUGGGGUUCUGUGGAUGUAAAGAGAGUAACUGAUGCAUGAGAUCUCAUUCUGUAUCUUUUAAAAAACUAUGUGGAACUAGUUUUUACUGCUCUUUAAUUAGAGCACUGUCAGAUUUAACAUCCUAAAAUUAGUUGCAGAAUAAAAUGCUGCUGAAUCUGAGUUCAGCACCUAAAAUCUUGCUCUACAAGUAGUGGAUAUUGGCACUUUUUCGUCAUUUCCCCCACUUUUUCCUGUUCUGAUUAGUUGUGGCUGCAGCUGGACGUGUUGAAGUCCUCUUUCAGAAGCUUUGGGGGAGUGCAAAGACAAGAAUUAAGGGGGAAUUUUCCAAAGCAGUAUCUUUUCAGAGCAACCCAGGUAUUAUCCUUGUCACACGACAAAGAGCUAAGUACAGACUGAGUUUACUCCCUAGAUACAUUUGUGUAAAUCAUGUGCAGAUUUUAAGCAGAUGCAUUUUGCUUUUGUCUGACGGAAUUAAGUGCAAUAAUAUUACACAAGAGGCUUACAAAUCAAAGUUCAGGUGAGAAACUGCUUGUGUAACCCAUUGUCAAAAGAAGGGCGGUACUUCCUUAGGAAAACCCUUGUGUCAGACUGCAUAAUAGUGUAGUGGCUGUUUUACUCAGCUCCUGUUGUAGAAGUGUAUUUCUGCUUGGGUCUUUCCCAUAUUCAUGGACAUGGAAUCUGAAUCCCAAGACAAUGUUUUGAGUCCAGUCCUAAUCAUCUGUAAGACAAAGUCCCCUUUGUUUAAAAUAGGAAUAUAGGAGGGACUGUAGCCAGGGUUUAUGAAGUCAAAUCCUUAACAUGGGUCAGAGUCAUCACAGACCCAAAAACUGAUACGCCCUGUACCAAUGUGACAGCUUUAUGGAAAUUUCUCAAUAGAAGUGCAUAAGCUAAAAGAAAAUUACACUCACUCAAUUUAGCUCUUAUCUCAACCCAUUUUACAUAUGAGGGUUUGAAUAUUUUAGAUUCUUAGUGAACAAUGAAAAUGGCUUAACAAAAAUAUAUACUCUUUGCCAGGCACAAUUCUGCUGGUAUGUAAUUUCUGGAAGGGUCAGAUGUGAUCUUUUAAGGAGAUUGACUAGAAUUAUCUGAAGUAGCAGUUCCCAAACUGUGGCCUCUUGAGUUAUUGCUGUUGGGCCAUAAAAAACUGCAUGGCCCUAUGUGAGUGGCUGUGUUCAUUUUUCAUUUGCCAACCUGCAUUAAAAGAAGAUGGAAACUACAUGAAGUAUUUUAUCUAUUUUCACUAACGUUUUUGUCAUAAACGUAGCAUUGCUUUCUUCAGCUGCCAACAAAGCAGAAAAUUAUCUGCACCACUGGGAGAGGAGGCUGGUUCACAACACUGUCAUUCCUUGAAAUGUGCUUUAAUAUUGUAAAAACCCUGAAAACUCAAAAUAGAAAGCCAGUGGAUCAAGACCUGCAACAGUGUAAUGCUAUGAAUUUCCACAACUGCAUAAAGAGGCCAAAAUCUUUGAGGUGGGCUGUAUUCAAGUUAAAAUAAUAGACACAUAGUAGUUAGAGCCCAAUGACUCAUCCAAACUAAUUAUGUAGAAAGGGUUUGCCUGGGAGAUGGCACUAGCAUGUCCAACCAGCAAUUAAAUGCUGAGAAAUAAAUCAGAAAGGCCAGGGACAACAAACCUCAGCACUAGAAGGCAGCUCAGAAACAAACAGUAUAAGCCAAAUGUAAAAGACCAGGCAUUUAAAGCAUACUGUAUAAUGAAUUAUAUUUGUGCUUGUCAGUCACAGUGUAGAGGACAUCUCAAGGGGCAAUGUCAAAAAUGCCUGUUGCUGACUUGUAAAAAUACAUUUGAUAUUUGGAGUUAGGCCACACAGGGUCAUCUAUAUAUAUCUCAACGACAGAUAACAGUAUAAAGUUUGGAUUGCAACCAACUGCAAUUUUACUGGAAUCUUACUGCUGUUACAAGAGUUGCUUGUGAGCCCCAGUCACACUGAAGAUUGGGUACGUGGCUCUGAUAUUAUGAAUAUUGCUUCAUUGAGAAGUUUCUGUUGGCAAAUUGUUUAGGCACAUGUAUGGGCCUGAGCACCUCAUGGAAUUAUUUGUAAAAACUGGUUGCAAGCACUGCUGCCUGAGCCACUGUAAGCAGGCUGCUGAAUCCAGAGUGAAUGGCUACAGGGAGAUGUGAUUAGAAUUUAAGAGUUCUAAUUAAUGGAUUUUUGUUU